GGGAGCGGGAGCCUGGAGGCAGGAGGACAUGAGCACUGUGGACCUUGCCCGCGUGGGCGCGUGUGUCCUGAAGCACGCGGUGACCGGCGAGGCCGUGGAGCUGCGGACUCUGUGGCUGGAACAGGCGUGCGUGGUGGCCGGCCUGCGGCGCUUCGGCUGCUCAGUGUGUCGCUGGAUCGCCCGGGACCUCAGCAGCCUCAGGGGGCUCCUGGACCAGCACGGCGUGCGCCUGGUGGGCGUGGGCCCCGAGGUCCUGGGCCUGCAGGAGUUCCUGGACGGUGGCUACUUCGCAGGAGAGCUUUACCUGGAUGAGAGCAAGCAGUUCUACAGGGAGCUGGGCUUCAAGCGGUACAACAGCUUGAGCAUCUUGCCGGCUGCCCUGGGAAAGCCUGUGCGCGAUGUGGCCCUCAAGGCCAAAGCUGUUGGCAUCCACGGGAACCUGUCUGGGGACCUGCUGCAGAGUGGGGGGCUACUGGUGGUUACCAAAGGUGGUGACAAAGUGUUGCUACACUUCGUCCAGAAGUCGCCAGGCGACUAUGUCCCUCGGGAGAGCAUCUUGCAGGCCCUGGGCAUCUCAGCGGAAGGCUGUGCCAGUGAGUUGCCCCAGUGUGAUGGACAGGUGUGCACAAGGUGAGCCCCCUGAGGUGUCUGAGGAUCUGGAAGGCAUCUGCUGCCCCAGGCCUGCUGGGAGUUGGCUGUGAAGAAUCUCUCCGGAAUCUCUGGACUGGAGCAUGAAGCUCUGCUGAGUCCCGGGGUGGC